AGGUAUCUUUCAAGGGUUUCUUGACAUGAAAUUGUGUUCGAAAUAGUUGUUACACACUAUAAGAUUCGAAGCAAUUAGAAUCUACGAGUUCCACCACUAAUCGGAGUGCAAGCUUUCAAUUAUAAAUAUACAAGGUGGUUCACCUUAAUUACUUGGAAAUCGUUCAAAUUUGUUUAAUAAUUCGUUUUCCCUCAUUUUGAAAUUUCUAUUUCUUCUAUCUCAAUGACUGAAAUAAUUGUAAUAAGACAAAAUUCUAGCGGAAAAGUCCAUCGACAUUGAACUUCCGGACGUAGUGGUGACGUAACUAAAUGGCACGCAGAGGUUAGGUUCAUUGAAAUUUUGCCAUAACAUAAACAACAAAUUCUGACGAUGCAUCGUUAAUUGCUAUACGAGACAAGGGGGGAACGGGGCGAGAAUGUUGUCGUUUUUACGAAAAAUCUCUAUCGGGGGCAAGAUAAGAGAUGGUCUGCCAACGGGAGACGAAAUGGACGUUACGGAAGGCUUUCCGGAUGGAAGAAACCUAACUCUAAUAUCACAAUCCGAUACCGAACUCAAAGAAUCUGUUUAUGAUUUGCUCAGAACUAUCAAGGAUCCUGAAAAGCCGCAGACAUUGGAGCAGCUGGAUGUUGUUUAUGAAGAGUGCGUUGAAAUUUCAAAGCAAACACCGAAUGGAGUGUCUGUGAUACGCAUUGAAUUCAAUCCAACCGUGCCUCAUUGUUCUUUAGCAACCCUAAUCGGUCUUUGCAUUAGGAUCAAACUGGAGCGUUAUUUAGUGGCUCUUUUUAAACUAGAUAUAUAUAUUAAGAAAGGUGCACACUCUACAGAGCAAGAAAUAAACAAGCAAAUAAACGAUAAGGAACGAAUCGCUGCAGCUAUGGAAAAUCCUAGCUUGAGAGAGCUAGUAGAAAAAUGCAUCCAAGAAGAGGAAUAAAAGAUCCAAGUUUCCAAAUUGUAAUAUCUUAUAAUUUUCUAAUCAAGAACCGUUGUAAAUCCAAUUUUUAAUAAUUGACUAUUUAAUCUGAUGUAAAUAAUCAAGAAUAUACAAUUUCGCUAUAGCUAUAAGAAUCCUUGUUUGAGAAAGCUGGUGGAAAAAUCGGGGUUUCCGAAAUUGUAAC